CUGUAAGCUCUUAUUUUGAAUCAGCACCGGAACCCGACCUUGCCAAACCGGAUGUGGUGCAUCACCGCUAACAGUCCGGGUUAACGUUGAAUGAUUUGCCUCCGGACGCUCUUAUUCUGGAUUAAAGAUUAAUUUGACAGGUUGAAGUUCUGCAGCAGCAGCAGGACGUCAUGGCCCACAUCACCAUCAACCAGUACCUGCAGCAGGUUUACGAGGCCAUUGAUAACCACGAGGGUUCGUUCUGCGCUGAGCUGCUCUCCUUCAAACACCCGCACGUCGCCAACCCCCGGCUCCAGCUGGCCAGUCCAGAGGAAAAAUGUCAGCAGCUUCUGGAGCCGCCGUACGAUGAGAUGGUCGCAGCUCACCUCAGGUGUACGUACGCAGUGGCCAAUCACGACUUUGUUGAAGCCUACAAGUUCCAGACACUCGUCGUCCAGUCCUUCCUGAGAGCCUUCCAGUCCCACAAAGAGGAGAACUGGGCUCUGCCUGUGAUGUUCGCUGUCACUCUGGAUCUCAGGAUAUUCGCCAACAGCGCGGAGCAGCAGUUGCAGAAGAAGAGUAAAGGUCAGCCGGGGGAGAUGUUGGAAAAAGCAGCAGAGCAGCUGAUGAGCUGCUUCAGAGUGUGUGCCAGUGACAAUCGUGCGGGGAUCGAGGACUCGAAGAAGUGGGGGAUGAUGUUUCUGAGCAACCAGCUCUUCAAGAUCUACUUCAAGAUCAAUAAGCUGCACCUGUGUAAGCCUCUGAUCAGAGCCAUCGACAGCUCCAACCUGAAGAACGACUACAGUCCAGCUCAGAAAGUCACCUACAAAUACUACGUGGGCCGCAAAGCCAUGUUCGACAGCGACUUCAAACCAGCGGAGGAGUUUCUGUCUUACGCCUUCCACCACUGUCAUCGCUCCAGUCAGAAGAACAAGAGGAUGAUUCUCAUCUACCUGCUGCCCGUCAAGAUGCUGCUGGGCCACAUGCCGACUCACCAGCUCCUCAGGAAGUACGACCUCAUGCAGUUUGCCGACGUCACUAAAGCUGUGAGUGAAGGGAACCUGCUGCUGCUGAACGAGGCCUUGUCCAAACAUGAGACCUUCUUCAUCCGCUGUGGCAUCUUCCUCAUCCUGGAGAAGCUCAAGAUCAUCACCUACAGGAACCUCUUCAAGAAAGUGUACCUGCUGCUGAGGACGCACCAGCUGCCUCUGGACGCCUUCCUGGUGGCUCUGAGGAUGAUGCAGCUGGAGGAUGUCGACAUCGAUGAGGUGCAGUGUAUCCUCGCCAACCUCAUCUACAUGGGUCACAUCAAAGGUUACAUCUCCCACCAGCACCAGAAGCUCGUGGUCAGUAAACAGAACCCGUUCCCUCCUCUCUCUGCCAUCUCCUAGACUACGUUACCCACAAUCCCCUCUGGCUGUGACGCUCCAAAGGAACCCUUUUUCUUUUUCAUUCAAUUCAUAUUUUUUUAUUUUGUACUGUAAAAAUGUUGUUGAAUAAAACAGAUGCUGGUUUGUACAGCGA